AUGGGAUACUUCUUCGAUGAUACAUUUGAACAGGUCAUUCCUGAGCAAGCAUCGCUGAUCCGGAGACUGAUGGAAAAGUUGGAACAUUCUCAACUUCAGAAUGCCGAGCUUCGGGCGCAUUGUGGACAGCUAGAAGAGCAAUUAAGAGUUUCAAAAUGGAAAGAGCGAUCCAAAGUGUCGAUGACAACGAUGCCAUUCUUACCAACUGAGAUUCUCACACACAUCUUCCAAUAUGCGACACAUAUAGAUGGGUUCGCAUUUGGCUCUGAAGCUUUCCAAGAAGACCCGCAGCGCUGGGUAAUUUCGUCCCUUGCGCGACGAUCUAUCCCUCUUGUUUCUCGAAGAUGGCACAGCAUUGGAUGGCAACUCAUCUACGAGCAUAUUGUGCUCCAAACAGCGGGUCAAGCGAGUAGACUCAAUCAGCUCCUUGCUCCAACCGAUUCCGGGGACAGAGUACAACAGAUAAUGGGGAGGAUAGCGGCUGUUGAAAUCGUUCCAAACAUAUCGGUUCUGUGCAAGGAGCGAGGGGUAUCCUACGAUGAUUACAUCGAGGAUUGCACACAACUAUUGAUCCGGAUCCCUCAAGGACAUCUCAUCACCCUUUCAAUCGACCUCCUCCCCUUGUAUGGGGGCGAACAAAUCCUCUACCUUGCGCUACCAUGGCACUCUUCGAGUUUGAAGAACCUGCGGAUUUCGAGGGACCACGCACACGCCCAAUGGACAGGCACACCAUUCGACAAGCUCCAACCAAACUCGCUCCCACUUCCAGUCCUCCGUACACUGCAUCUCGCGAGUGGAAGAGGGUCUAGUCAUCCAUCCUUUUCCGCCUCUGUGACAAUGAGGCUACUAUGCGAAAUCGUCCCUUCACUCGAAACGCUACAAACUCUACGAUUUGAUAAUUUGGAUGAUAGUGGAUACGGAGAAGAUUCUCUAUUCUUUCUACAUGCUUCCAAUCUUACCUCCGUACAUAUUGGGAGUGCUGCCCUCUUGACAGUCCUUGAUCGAUUGGACAUAUUUCUACCUCAGGUCCCAAACCUCAGGUAUCUUAUCCUGACAGUCCCUGCCGUAGGCUUCGACAAUUUGAUGCUCACAGAGAGAUUGAGCGAUAUUGUUCACCAUAAUCUAGAGUCCAUCACCGCCAUUAUCCAGCACAGUUAUUCGUGGCACGCAUUUGCUCUCAUUUGGCCCCUAUUCAACCUUUUGGGGAAGGAUGGUCUUCCUUCGAUGAGGAGCAUCAGAUUGGUAGGAAACUAUCCAGAUGGAUGCAUCGACUCCAACCAGGUUCUUCCGCCACGCAUUCGUGACAUCUGGAAAAUGGCAAUCACGCUAUGCAGCGUCAAACAAGUGGCAUUCAUCAAUGAGAAGGAUGAGGCGCUCCACCUCUGGGAAGAGCGCCAUUCCGUCAAACCGCUACUUGCGGAGGGUGAUGACGGAGAUGCGCCUGAGAGCGAUGAAGGGGAUUGGUUUGAGGAAGAUACAGAAGCAGACGGACCCGGAUCUGACGAUGCAACUAUUAGUGACGAUUCACAGGACAGGGCCUACACCUAUCAGCACAGGCACGACCUCGACUCGCAUAAUAUUGAUUGGGAAAAGGAUCAAUGGAGUGAUCAGGAGUAA